AUGGCCAGAAAUCGCUUCAGGGAGAUAAUGAAACUCUUGCGGUUCGACAAAAAAGAGACCCGACGCGUGCGUCUGCAGGAUGACAAGUUUGCCCUGGUAUCGCACAUUUGGAACAAGUUAGUUCAGAACAGCGUAGCCUGCUACAAGCCCGGUGCCAACAUAACCAUUGAUGAGCAGCUGUUCCCCCCCAAGGCCCUGUGCACAUUUAUCCAGUACAAGGGAAAUAAGCCUGAUAAAUUUGCAAUAAAAUUUUGGCUGGCUGAGGAUGUCAACUCAAAAUACAUGCUGAACCGGGCUCCAUAUCUACUACAUAUUAUUACUACAGAUAAUUUCUUCGCUUCUCUCAAACUGGCCACCACUUUACAGGCCAAGAAGACCAGCCUGGUUGGCACCCUGGGAAAACGGCGUGAGUUGCCCCCUCCGCAAAAAGAGCAAGCAGAGCUGUUCAGCAACAAGGUGCUAAAAUGUGCAGAUGCGACGCUCACCAUCUACCAGGGAAAGCCGAGGAAGAAUGUGUGCAUUCUGAGCUCCGUGCACACAAGCGUGGGCAUUACCGAUGGGCCGAAGGCAAAGCCGGAGUCGGUCACAUAUUAUAAUAACACCAAAUAUGGCGUGGACGUCCUGGAUCAGAUGGCAAAGGCAUACUCAGUGAAAGGCGGUACACGCAGAUGGCCAGUGGCUGUCUUCUAUAACAUCCUCGACCUGACUGGAAUCAAUGCCCACAUCCUCUUCAAGGAGUGCACCAGCAGCAAGAUAGCCCGGAGGAAGUUCAUGCAGCAACUGGCAGAGGAGCUGAGAGCUGAGAGUUCAUGGAGGGAAAGGGGGCAGCAUGGCAGUUGGCACAAGGUCCCAGUCAGCAGCAGAAGCAACCACCACAGCAGACACCAAAACGGAAGCAGUGCCAGAAAAAUCAACACACGACUGAAAAAGUUGUGGAGAAUAGGAGCAGACCGCGCUCCACCUCUAGUGGAAGAGUCGCCGUCUCAGACGCUCCUGCCGCCAAGACCUCUACGGAAAACCGUAAAGGGAGGACUCUUUGGUGGUACAGACUGUUCGGUUCAACAGUGGUAUGUUCCACGAAUAAAAAAAGGAGUCCAAAAGCACCCGUGGGAGAUGGACAGCGCGCCGGCCCACUGCAGAGCAAAGCCGCCUCCUCACAUGGCCCAGCCACUAUUACAACAACAGCUGGAAGUCUAAAAACGGGAAGAGUCGCUGGAGGUGCAGAGUCUUUGACUGCU